AUUAUAUCAUCCAGCUAUCUCUGCAGUGCAGUAGCCAACCAGCAACCAGCUAGCCAACCUGACUACUCACAGAGAAAUAUGGAUGAAAUAAUGAUACAAGUAAACGGCUGUCAGACUGACCCCCUCUGCAUGGGCCCAUAAACAUGUCCACAGAUGAUAGUAUCUCUGAGGAUGUGUCCAGCUCAGGGGCCUUGAGCCAUUGCCAUGUCAGUGCCGAUGGGGACGUGGGUAAGGAGAGCGAGGCCUCUUUGGUGUCCUCUGAGGGGACAUCAGCCUCGGGGCUGGCCGUCUCAGAGGACAGACACACGACCUCCCAAACAACAGGAGGCACUGUGGAGUGCAGGCCCAUGGACAUCACACCAGCAUGCAACAAGAUCAGGAGUCUGUGUCUGAGCACAGAUGAAGCUUUCGAACAAGGAAAGAGCCUCCCAUUCAUCAACCCUAGCUCCCUUGAGACCCUUAGGGCUUUGGUGCAGGAGAUCCAGAGCAGCGGAGAGACAGACCCUGAGAUCUGGAAGGAUUGCGAGGGGCGAUGGUUGCAUCUGUUUCAGCUGGUUGAAAAGCAAUACCAAGAGCAAAUACUCGCUCAGCAAGAACAAUACCAGUGCCAAAUACAGUUGAUUCAGGAUGAAAUUAAGGCUCUGGUUCAGCUCCAGAACCGCCAGGCCAGUGUCCAGCCACACACCGAGUUCUCUCCAACUCCAGACACCAAAACUUCCACAAUCACAAAAGACUAUAUUUUCCCCCUCAUCUCCAGUGACUGCACAGUCCCCAAAAAUGUGCCCAGUGACAAUGACAGCCUGGCAGCCCCAGUCCACACUCCCUUUAGCUCCCCUUCACCUCCGCUCCCUAGGUCAGAGACCACCAACCAGGGGGAGGAGCGGGCGACCACAGUGCUCAGCAGUGGAUACGGGACUCUGUCUGCCUGGGAAACUGGUUUGGAAUCCGCUGUGACUCCAGGGGAAGAUGAGGAUGUUGGUCAAGGGUGCGUGAAGCAUCAUUGGUCCUCUACCUUCCAGGCUGAUACAGACACAACUGUGAUUGGGUGCCAGCAGGAUUUUUCCAAUGAGAGGAGUUUCAUAGUGAAUGAACCGAACCCAUUAGUGUACCAGCAGAAAACCUCUGGCACCAGCCAGCAGUUGACCUCCUGGGCCCAGAGGCAGAAACUCAGGCCGAAGAAGAGCAAAGCAGGACAACCUUCCCCCCAGAUCCCAGAGUACGAGGAUCCUCCUCGCAACCCCAGAGAGUCCCACAAACAAAACCCCCUGGAGAGCAUGGACUCCCAGAACCAGCAUCGACCGGCUGGGCCGUCGUCCAGCUCCUUUCCCCUGAGGAGGAGCGAUAGCCUGAUGUCUGAGGCAUCAGGCCUCACCUACUGGCGUCUGAAUGAGACUGAACUGUACCGCCCCCUGCCAGACAGCUUCGACAGCGGCGCUUACCUCCUUCUGCAAGAGGCGUCCAUGAGUCUUACUCCGUCUCAGGAGCCUCGGCUGUCUCUCAGAGAGAUUUACCAGAACAAGCAGAAAGCGGACUGUAAGCGUUCAGACUGGGAUGGCUCACUUACUUCCAGUCCUUCGUCACCACAGGUGUUGACGUUGGACCCAGCGGCCAACAUGCGGCAAUCAGAUCGCACCUCUGGCUUCACCUCGCCCUCCCACUUCAGCAGCCCCUCGUUCGCCGCUCAGCCCCACCUCUACCCCAGAGUCGGGACCCCUGUAACCCCUGACAGCAUGGUGGAGUGCAGUCCCAAUCCCGGAGACACUGACUGCAUCUCUGAUACCUCCAGUGUUUCUGCUGCUGGACUUUCCCCCUCUAACAUGCACAGCUCAUGGGGAAUCGUGUCCCAGGCAGUCCUGUCUACCUCCCAGGAGAAGACCCAGCCCUCUCACAAAGCCAGCCAGCAGCGCAGAUCCAGUGCCCCCUUAGCCAGCGAGGAAGAGGGCAGCCACACCCACACCAGCACCCUGAAGCCUUGUUCAGUCUCUGGUGCUUCUCUGCGGCCUGCCGUUGGUCCACACAUGGAGAGAGCGUCAUCACUAGAGGAUCCCGUCGUCCUGUCUCUACUAAGGCAGAACCUGAGAGAGAAGCACUCUCGACAUGUGGCUGACCUGAAAGCUUAUUAUGAGUCUGAGAUCCAAAUCCUGCGAGACAAACUCAAACUCAGAGAUCUGCCCCAGGAUUUAGAGACGAGCAACCAGGCCCUCACAGAAAGGUGCAAACAUCUAGAAAACGCUCUGGCUGAGGCCACGGGCCGGAUUCAAGAACUGGAGGCAACAAACAGCUCGCUGGAGAAAAAACUGGCAGAGUGGCCAGAGCGCUAUGCCGUGGCGGGUGCCACUGUGAAGUCCUUGCAGCAGCGACUGGAAGAAAGCAAACGUUUGGGCAAAGAGAAGGACACCCUGGUAGCUCGUUUGAAAACGCGUGUACGGCAGCUGGAGGAGGCGGCCCAGAAGGCCUGCAGGGAGGCAGACGAGAAAGAAGCCAGGAGAGAGAGAGAGUACAAGAUGCUGCAGGAUCUACUUGGAGAAUAUGACUCGCUUAUGAAGGAGCACGAGGGAAUGAAGAACAACUUGGUAUCAACAGAGAACAAACUGGUCGAUGCCAAUGAUAAGAUAUCUGAGUUGAAGAGAGUGAUCUCCAAACUGGAGUCCCAGGUGAAGCAGCUGGAGCAUGAGAACCAGGCCAGGGCCCGCUAUGCCUCGCACUGUAACACUCAACCUUCGGGGGCUGGUCUUUUCCACCAUCCGGACCUGCUGCUGUCGCCCACAAAAUGCAAGGCAGAACCUGACGUCACCCGCAGGAGGUCACCCUGUCCUGUGUCUGACCAGCUGAGCAGUGGCAGAAAAUCACAAUACCCUCAAACUAGCCAAGCAAGCAUCCACAAGAGGUCACCGUAUCCAUCAAAUGAUCAAUCAUCAGGAACUGGAAGCUCUGUGGAUGCCUCUUCAGCCGGCGGGAGCUGGAGGUGUGCAUCUCCUCCUGAGUGUGAGCAGCUUCUGCCUCAGACUAGACACCAGGAGGUGAGCGUUGGCCAGGCCGGCCGAAGAGAUGGGUCCAGUCCCCUGACACCCAUGAUGAGAGCCCUGAUCGAGCUGGAGGACACCAGAGCCACAGAGAGCCGGGCUCCCUGGAUUGGCAAUCAGAGGACCACAGUUGGGUUUGUGGAGCGGCGACACAAAGAGAUAAUUCAGGAGCGAGUCGGGCCUAUUCAGACGGACAGAGAAGUGGUCAAACCUGGAGGAGUCGUGGCCGGAGCUGAGCGCGAAGGACCGAAGAAUCGCAGUGAGGCGGAAAGAGCUGUAGCUCUGCUGAGAGCUCAGAGGAGUCUGUCUCCAGAGGGCCACAGAUCCUCGUCACUGCCUCCUCCAGCACACCGAAACAUUCCCACAGCUACACCCACAAAGAGAGAGACCUUACUCAUGCCCCUGUCUGCCAAGUCCAGCCCUAAACGCUGCCCCACUGAGAAUUACUCCACUGCAUUUGGUCACCUAAUGCCAAGAGAGGAACACCUGAACAAAAGGCUUGACGGAGAAGCUGACAAGAGACGUCAUUCAUUCCACAGCAGCAGUCCAAGGAAGAGACUCCAGUUUACGUCAGCAGACAGAGAAGAAGGCUUUCAGGACCCACAGUCCUCUGGCGGUGUGAUCCCACCAGAUGGUAUCUCCCAGCUGGGCUGGGAGGAGCAGGGAGUCUGUGGUGGACCCGAGCUGCAGGACUCCUGCGAGGAUUCGGCCCCACUGUUCCUGGACAGACUCCAGUCUCUUGCCGAGGCUGAGAAACUGUUUGACGAGCUGACGCAGGAGAAGCUGCAGAUUGAGGCAGCUUUGAGCCGGAUGCCUGGAGCAGGUGGCAGAGUGACUCUACAGACCAGGUUAGAUGAGGUGGCCUUAGAGAAUCGUCUGGAGAGGCUGAAUCGUGAGCUGGGAUCCAUCCGAAUGACUCUGAAGAGAUUCCACGUCCUCCGCUCCUCUGCCAACAUAUAGCAAUGUCUGUCUUCUUACAUUAGUGUUGAUGCUACAACUUAGUGUCUUGGUUUUAUACACAGCACUGAUUGUCCUCCUGUCUCUUUCUGUGCCAUGAGCCCAUUUGUACAGCCAGUCCAUCACAUUUUUUUAUACGUAUGACUUAUUACUCGGGGAUAUUUUUUAUAUGUCUAAAACAUAUUGCAAUUUUGGAGUAUAUUUUUAGUAAAGCACAGAUUUGUAAAGUCGUUUACUUUUUUAGUCACAGAAAUAUUAAUACGAUUCAUAGGUUUUACCUGCCACAUUCAGGAGUAGAUUUUUAAAUCGGCUCAGUGUAAAUGUGAAUGAUCAAAACAACUUUCCAGCAGAGUUACUCAUCCACUUGGGAAAAAUCACUGCCAUUUAUGCACUUGUGUUUAUUAUGCUUUUUAAAUCUUUUCCCAUUUGACAGGACAUAAAACCUUGUUAUUUAUGCUUUUAUGUGUCAAAGUUAGUUUUUAGUGUCCUUUCUGCUGUUAUUUAUCGAUUCUAACAUGUUGCUUUGGGCCAAACCUCUUCAACUUGAAUGAAAUAUUUGUUUACUUGAAUCAAAUCGCCUUUUUCCUUUGUUUACGUUCCAUUUACUUGUUGUUUUUUGCUUUAUGUUUAAAUUUCGCCACAAUACUGGACUAGCACACACACAUUUCCACACACAUUCAAUCCUCAGUCGGCUGUUUUCCUUCAGUGAUGCUCGUGCAUGGAGUUUCUUGCACUGCUUCCUUUUUGCCAUUCAGUUUUCCUACAAUGACAUGAACACCACUGGAACUGUAAUGUUGUUGUUGCACAAUAAAUGAAGCUUUUUAAAAUAA